ACUGUUCAGGUGAGAUAGUGGAGAGUGUGGAGAAAGGUUGCCAUGGUGACGUCUAAACAACACAGAAGGUGGAACUCAGCAGCUGUUACCGUGGCAACGUGUAAACAAGAAGCAGAGAAAAUGUCAGCCAGGAGCAGAGACGGAGCAGAGGAGGAGGAAGAGGAGGAGAGGAGGAGUGAUGAAGGUGCUUCCUGGAGGAAACCUGAACCUCCAGAACAUCAGAUCGUCCCGAACAUCCCAGAAUCCGUGGAUGACUUUCUGAGGAACUUCCUGCGACGGCUCGGCCUGAGGAGAACCCUGAGCAGCUUCGAGGCCGAGUGGUACGACUCGGCCCAGAGGCACUUCUCAGAAACGCUGCCGACUCCAGAAUCCGGCGUCUUCUUCCUGCCCGACGCGCUGACUCACCAGCAGAUCCUCCGUUCUGAGCUGGAGACCGUCCACAAGGAGGCGGAGCUGCUGGGGAGGGAGGUCCUGGAGGCACGAGAGACGCUGCUGAGGAUGCAGAGGGAGAGAAGCUUCCACCAGCUGCAGCAUCGAAGAGUCGCCGAGGACAAAAACAAGCUGAUCCAGGAUUUAAAACACCUGAAGAAACACCUGGAGUCUUAUGAGCCGGCGCUGAGGCAGCUGGAGGACAAACAUCAAGCAGCUCUGAGGCAGAAGAUGCUCCUCAGCUUACAGAGAGACCGAGUUCACAACACCUCAGAGGAAAAACCGAGUCCAGAGAAGAAAGCAGGAAGCAGCUCCGAUAAACCUGCUGUGAAGAAGAAACACCUGAAGGAUUCAGAGUUUCCAGCGAGCAGCAGGACGGUGAAGCAUCAGGAGACGUUUCCAGCAGAGAAGAACCUUCGUUCUUUCCGUCUCCAGAACUCCAUCAGAGCUCACGAGCUGCCGAUCGGCUGCAUCGACCUCCAUCCUGAUCAGCUGAUCCUGGCUUCUGUCAGCGACGACCGCCGCUGGAGGCUGUGGAGGCUGGAACCUGGAGAGAAGGUGGCUGAGAUGAUGCUGACAGGUGAGGGUCACUCUGAUUGGCUGUCAGGCUGCAGUUUCCACCCUGAUGGAUCAAAACUGGCGACGACCAGCGGAGACACGACGGUGCGUCUCUGGGAUUCCUCCCACGGCUGCUGUGUUUUAACUCUGUCCGGUCACUCUCAGCCCACCUGGAGCUGCUCCUUCCACUCCUCUGGUCACUUCCUGUCGUCCUGCUCCUCCGACCGAACCGCCAAACUCUGGGACCUGAACAGCCAACGGUGUCGCCAGACGCUUCGACGCCACGCCGCCGCCGUCAACAGCGUCCGCUUCCUGCCCUCCUCCAACCUCCUCCUCACGUCUUCGGCCGACAAAACCGUCGCCAUGUGGGACGCCAGGCUGGCCGUCUGCACCGCCAUCUUCAGCGGACACCUCCACCCCUGUAACCACGCAACAUCCAACAUGGCCGCCGACCUGGUGGCCUCCUGCGACUCCGGUGGCGUCGUCAACCUCUGGGAUGUGAGGAAACCGGCGACACCGGUAGCUGCCGUGGACGCCGGACCAAUGGCCGCCAACCAGGUGGUGUUCAGCCAAUCAGGGAGGACGCUGGCGGUUGCUAGCGGUGACGGGUUGGUCAGAUUGGUGGAGGUGGAGUCCUGUGAGGUCACCAGCCUGGACGGACACAGCGACGACGUCCAAAGCGUCGUGUUCGACCACAAGGGGGCGACGGUGAUGUCGGCAGGAAGUGACGGGAUGAUUCACGUCUGGUCGUGAUUUUCAAACCUUCCUUUGAGAAAAAACAACAAAGUGAAGCGACUGUUGCAGAACGUUGGACGUAGAAAACACAAAACUGUAGAAAAUGUGUUUCAUGAAAAUUCUUCAAGCUUUAUUGCUGA